AUGACCCGCCUUUUUGGCGUCCGGGCCGUAUGCGACGGCUGUCUAUCCGCCGCCGCCACCGUCUUUUGCGUCAACCAUCGUACCGUCGUGUGUUUCUCCUGCGACGAUGAACAACACGCCUCCCCGCACACGGCCUCUCACCAGCGCGUCGAUCUUUCCUCCGCCGUCACAGCCCUUCCCUUUUGCGAGCGCUGCGACGAUGCUCCGGCAAUAGUCUACUGCGAGUCUGAGGGGAUCACCUUUUGUGAUAAAUGUGACUGCGUCUCUCAUGCCUCGCAAACCUCGCCUCCGCACUGCCGAACUCCUAUUUCGAGCACUCUUCGCCAUCGACCAGUUGAGUUUCGUGGACUUCCCGACAACCGCACCUCAUCUGUCUACCAAGUCUCCUCCUCUCCAUCUUUCCCUGCUUCCACACGCACCAAACUAUCUCACCUGGAUUCUACCAAGAACGGAAACGAUGGCCGGGCGCGGCGGAGGGCGUUCAUGUGCGCCCAUGUGCGGCGCUCGUCCGCGACGGCGCGGGCGCGCUCCCAAACGGCCAGGGCGGACGCGUGCGCGUGCACGUCGUACUCCUACGCGGGUAAGUGGCGGAUGAGGGCGUCCAGCGGCGACAGGGCGCCGCGCUGCACGUCACCCGCCAGCAGAUGCACCUUGCUCACCGACGCGCCGUAUAAGGUCGACGGCAGCCGCCCCAGCUUCGUGACGCCGGUGCACAUAGCGCCGUUCCGCACGACCGCCGCACUCAUGACGGGCGCACAGAUGGCGCGUUGGCGAGGCUGCAGGGACCGGACCGCGGCCGAGGGAGGGUUCGGCGGGGGCCCGCGGUGGUGA